AUGCGCGCUGCGGCGGCGACAUCGGGCUCACGUGGUGGUACCAAGAUGGUGACUACACCGAUCUUCUACGUCAACGGGCCGCCGCACCUGGGGCACGCGUUUACGGCGGUGGUGGCGGACGCAGUGACGAGAUGGGCAAACGUGCGCGCCGGCGAGGAGACGACGGUUCUGGUCUCAGGCACCGACGAGCACGGCCUCAAGGUCCAUCAGGCGGCCGAAGUGGCCGGCAAGGCACCACUCGCACUGUGCGAUGAGGUUGCAGCCCAAUUCUCGUCGAUGGUAGGCGAGAUAGGCGCCGAGGCGGCCGACUUUGUGCGGACAACCGAGGCACGGCACAUCGCCGAGGUCCAUAACGUGUGGCGGGCGCUGGAUGACGCUGGCCUCAUCUACUCGGGUGCGUACGAGGGCUGGUACUCGGUGCCGGACGAGGCCUUUGUUCCGCUCUCGUCGUGCGUCUUUUCUGACGGCGAGGAGCUGCCGCGGGCGGCAGACUCGGGCCACGUGCUCGAGUACGUGCGCGAGCCCAACUACAUGCUCUCGCUCGGGGCGCUGCUCCCGCGGGUGGCGGCGCACCUCGCAGCAACGCCCGACUGGGUGGUGCCGAGCAACCAGGCAGCGGCACUCCAGCGGAUGCUGGCCUCGGGCGAGCUGCCAGACCUGGCCAUCUCUCGCCCGGCCCAGCGGGUCAAGUGGGGUAUUGAAGUGCCCGGCGACCCGUCGCAGCUCAUCUACGUCUGGCUCGACGCGCUUACCAACUAUCUGACGCUUGCACGGCGGCCACAGGCCGACACCGGUAGACAGCGGGCCUGGCCGCCGGCGGUGCAGGUCAUCGGCAAGGACAUUCUCAAGUUCCACGGGGUGUACUGGCCGGCCAUGCUACUUGCGCUCGACGAGGCGCUGCCGGAUCAACUCUUGGUCCACUCGCACUGGACGGUCGACUCGACCAAGAUGUCCAAGUCGCUCGGCAACGUGGUCACGCCUUCCGAUCUGGUGGGCGCCGCCGGCUCGGUCGACGCCGCCCGCUACUUUCUGCUCACCGAGAACAAUCUCGUCGACGACGGCAACUACUCGCACACCCAGCUGGCGCAGCGAGUUGCUGAGCUUGCGGAUACAUUUGCCAACGUUCUGCUGCGGACCACGUCCAAGGCGCUGAACCCGGGACACGAGCUCGCGCCGCCCGGCCUGCCGGCGGCCACCUUCGCUGGCGCUGCGCCCGAGUGUGCCGCCCUGCUGCGGGCUCUCGACGCUGUGCCGACCGCCGCUGCAGACGCCUUUGAUAGCCAUGGCUUUGCCCGCGGCAUCAGCGAGAUCAUGGACCUCCUCCGCGCCGCCAACAAGGCGACCCAGGCGCUCGAGCCGUGGGUCCUGGUCAAGUCGGCGAACGAACAGGAUCGUGCUCUCGCCAGCGAUCUGGUCACGUACGUCCUCGCCAGCGUCGAAACUGCCGCGUUGCUGCUCCAGCCGGUCAUGCCGGGCGCCACCGCCACCAUUCUCGACUAUCUUGGCGUUCCGACCAGUUCGCGUGCGGUGAGCGACGAGCUGUUGGCCGCGCCUGUCGCGGCUGCGCUCGACCGCACCGCAAUGCCGCGGCCGCUCGGCGAUCCGUCGCUCUCGCGCAAGGCCAACGCGCAGCGACUGCGGCUGUUUACCAAGCUUCCGCGGUGAGGGGAGGCAUACACACGCAACUCUCGCAUUCAAUCGUAGCUCUUCUGGAUAAGAUACAGGUCCUCGAGAAUCUCCUGCUCCUGCAGCGCAAACGAGGUCCCGCCCGAGAUGCGCGGGGCCGGGGCGAGCGAGGUUGAGCCGCCACCGGGCAGCGGUGUGGCGGUCUCGG